CUCGUUUGCCCGCAAUCAGCACCGCGUUCAAACCUCAGCUGUUGCAUCAUCAUCCAUGCGCACCAGCUGGCCGUACGGCUGCCGAAGAGCCGGCUGUGUGCUUUUGCUGAGCAUGGCUUCCUCUCUCUAGGGCUACGCGAAUGCAGCUUCUGGAGCUGGAGUCCUCUUGUCGACAUUUCCAAGUCGUUGGAGGAAACAGCCUGAGCGGGAGUUGAAACGAGGUGCGGCGAUCUGACCCCCAAAGAAUGGUGGUUUUUCUCUCGGAGCGAAGUUAGGAGAAAGUCGGUCUUGUAGGCCUUUUGAGAGGACCUACGAGUGUUCAUAUUGCGAGGAGCUGGCUGCUAUAUUUUGAAGCACCCAACGAACCAGUGAUCUUACAUCCAUUGCACCGUCGCAAAUUGCAAGGUUUGGUGACCACAAUCUGAGUAUUAGUCUAAAACGUGUAUCAAGGUGGAUACAUUCAAGGUUUUGCGCAGUCAGGCACAGGUUGUGUGCAAUGACCAAGCUACUCAGGCACCUUGCCAUAGAACUGGACUUGGACUCUGACCUUGACAUUGGAUCAAUGGACGGGGGUAGUGAGCUGGAUGACAGAGAGCUUGAUCAACCAGAGGAGGCUCUAAAGAAGCGUCCGGGUGAAAAGGACAUGCUGAGGUCACCAUCCGAGGGCAGCGAUUCAUCAGUGACGUCAGCGUUCCUCACUCAGAGUUUUCAGGACGAGCGGGCGAGGCUAGCUCGGAGAAUACAGGAUCUAGAGAUAGAGAAUGGGAGGUUACGAUCAGAGAGAGAUAAGGCGCGGGUCGAGAAGGAGAGGAUGAGGGCAGUAGCUGAUACGGAACGCGAUCUGUAUGGAGAGCACAUCCUCAUAUUGACACAGGAGUUGGCAGACACGCAGGUCCGGUGUUCAAACUUGGACAAGCAGAUUUCUCAUGCUGGGCCCAGUCCUAGGGCGUUCCCCCUGGACCUCAGAAAGGACUUUGUCCCUAUCCAGAAGUACCUGGAACUGGAGCAUCAGGCGGUGGUUGCUCUGCAAUGGUCCCUCUCAGCGAAGCAAGUCAACUCCCUGCGGACUGUGCGUGGCCAUGACCACCCCCCCAACCCGUGGCUACCAUCUGACCCCCCAUUUGGAAGCUACUGCGUGACGUGGUUCAUGAGGGGCCGCUGCCGCCUCUCCUCAGAACAGGGCCCCAACUCCCCCACUGGGCCGGGAAGCAGUACCCCCCGCCUCCCGGCCGCGAGAAUCCCCUCAGGAGCCAACGGCCACCCAUUCCCCCCCGGACAACUUGCCAUUGCGGGGGGGCCCCGGCCAGAGUAUAACGGACGCUCAGAGUUCCCCCCCCACGACCAUCAUGGUUUCCACUCCGAAUUGCGUCAGGGUCCUUGGGAUUCUCAGAGGGGGGGGGCCGUCAAGCAAGGGCCCGGGGGGGGGUACCCUUCCCAGGGCGGGUUCCAGGGGAGUUUGUCGUGUGAGGACGGGGCAAAUUGCGCGCAUCCCGAGACGCACCGGUGUUUCGAGUGUGGGGGCCGGCAUGGGACGAACCCACACCGCAUCCUGCUGUGGCGCAUGGGCAAAUAUGGGCCUCCGUAUUGAAGAGUUCCGACGUAAGCUUGGUCGCCGGUCGACAUGAAACGUCUUUUCCGGUUCAGUGUCCGUUUCGAGGAGGGGAUCGUUGCUUGACAAGGGCAUUAUUUUGGCGUUGCUAAGGCUGAGUCGCCUUCGGGCUGGCGGUCUAGUCAAAAACAGUAGAGCAAGAAUGUGGGCUGCCAGUGGGUGUACAAUAUAAGUCGACCUCAGAUUGAGGGAGGUCUUUUUGGUGAUCUGAUUGGCACAUGGUCAGAUUACUGGUGGCAAGCAUUCGUUAAUGGUGCCUACUGCGGUGCGGCAUAUGAUCAAUUUGUCAUUUGGGAGGUCGAUGUAGGGGCGAAGCUCCAGAAGUAGGAAUUUUACAAGCUUCUCAAUGUAUUGUAAAAAGAUGAGAAGAGCAGCUAGGAAACCUGGCACGCGUAAAUUCUAUGAUAGAAAAUAAAUGCAGUCAAGACCUUCUGAGAAGUGGUCGUGUAUUAGGUGGGAGUUUCGUAGUCAUGCAUGGACAACAAGGUUCGAAAGGUUCCUUGGACAUCUCAAACAUUCAAACUGGCAGGCUUGUGCAUAGUCUUGAGAAUCUUGGCAAGAGAAUCCGUUUUUGAGGAUUGCAUUUCGCUAACAAGAGAUAAUGCUUUCCACAUUUUAACAAGUAUAUGAUGAGUCGCUGUACUGGGUUUUCGUUUCAUGUUGCAGAAAAAGGAACGCAGGUCCAAACUGAACUGCUACAGCAAUUAUACGUGCAUCAUUGGGAUUCCGACAUAUUAGCAGAUGCCGCCGAUGUUGUGACCGUUGCGCACGUACUUAUAGGGACUGAUAUUUGCACACGAUUGCUGACCGUUGACUU